AUGGACUGGUCGGAGGAGGGGAUCAACGAGGAGGAGGAGCCCACGCUGCGCAGGCGGACGGCGAGGCCGCGUUCUCCUCCAGGUGGUCGACCCUUUCCUCUCCCGCGCCCUCCUCCAGGCGGUCAACCCUUGCCUCUCGCGCGCCCUCCAGGAUCGAGGUCGCCGUCUCCUCGCCGCGGCGGUCUGGCGGACUUCUCAGGGUCGAGGUCGCCCUCGCCGCGCCGCGUCACAAUGAUGGCAACGAGGAUGGGCAGCUCGGUGCGGACGACCCGGAGGUCGCCACCGCCCAUAAGGUCCGACGCCGAUGCUCCCGCGGGCGACGGUGGGGAGGACACCGGCGUCAAGGAGAUCAUCGCCAAGAUGAGGGAGGGGCUUCCCACUCCCGCGCCGUGGGAUGGCACCGGCACGAGCGACUCUGGUCGCGGAGGAGGAGAAGGAGGUGGGGCGGACGAGGAGGAGCCGCAGGUGGAGGAGGAUGAGGGCUUCGUCACUUUCUCGUUCCAGGAGCUCGUGGGUCCGCUGGUCGUCGACGGGGAGGAGGUUCUUGACGCCUUCGUCGGCUCCGAUGAGGCGAGGGCGGGCAAUGCGGCCGAGCUUCUGGAGGCCACCAUGGGCCCCAACACCGGGCCCAGGACCGAAGCGAUCAAGACUGAGCUCGUCGUCAACCGGUGGCUGCUCGACCUCGCGGGGCUGGAGCGGUGGAUGCGGACGGCGGAGGCGGUCACCGAGCUCGAGUGGUUCACGGGCCUGUGCUGCGACGAGAACAACCCGCCACCGCAGAUCGACCUCUUCGAGUGCGCGUUCCGGGCCCUGGACAACGCGUCGGCCGUCGAGCUCCACCGCGGCGCCGACGCCAGGAAGCGCUGGAUCGGUCCGGUGGGCGUGCCGCAGUUCUUCAUCUGCCCCGUCUCCAACAAGGUCAUGGAGAACCCCGUGGUCAUCGCCUCCGGAAAGGAGCGAGGAAUCUUUCAUCGGCUCUGUUUUCUCUGUGAUGCGAUUUCACGUGUCCUGACAGUUGAUCGUUCAGCUCUGGAGGAAUGGCAGAAGGAGAACCGACGCGUCUGUCCCGUCACCGGCGAGGUUCUCGCGUACAUCAUGUGCAUCCCCAACGUGCUCAUCAAGCUCUGCAUCGAGCAUUGGCGUGCAGCAAAUAAGAUUGCAGCCACCGAUCCACCUGACAUUUCCCACGAUUUGGAAGUCCUGAUCGGGCAAGCCACCCUAAUGCCUCACUCCCCAAGAAGCUCCAAAGAAGUCCGGAACUCGAUUUUCCUCCUCCACGAGAUCCUCGUCGCCAACGAGCGCGCAGUCGUACACCUGAUCGGCUGCCGCCCCGGGACGAUCGCGAAGCUCGUCAGCGUCCUGCCGGAGACCUGCCUGGACCCUGAUGACCCUGAACUGGACGACAUCAUCAUCAGAAUCUUGGAGAAGGCGGCUUCCUACGGGCCCAACAAGGCGGUGUUCGGAGACGACCAGUACGCCGUGCCUGUGCUGAUCGCAAGGACAUUGCUGGGGCCAGUGCCGAUGCGAGCGAGGUGUGCUCACAUCCUCGGUCUGCUGGCCGACGACCACUACAACAAGAUCAAGAUCGGCGAGCUCGGAGGCUUCGCCCCACUGGUCGAGCUGCUCUACGUCGGAGACAAAGGCGCCAAGAAGACGGCGGCGAGGGUGAUUGCGAGACUCUGCGAGGCCCAGGAGAACCAGAGCAAGUUCCAGAAGGAGGGAGUGGUGGACGCCACCAUAUCCGUGCUGCGGAACGACGGGCUAGCGGAGGAGGCCCAGAACAUCCUGCUGCGGAUUGCAGACUCUUCUGACACCUUGACGGAGGCCUUCUUCAAGCUCGUGUCAAUCAAGGACGACGAGAUGUGCCAGAAGAUGAGUGAGUUCCUUUGGAGAACCUUCGUUUUAAUGAAACGAGAAGACAAGCACGACGUCGGUUCUUCCAUGACGGCCUCGAAGAAGACAGCUUGGGGUGACAGGUCUUCUACAUCAUCAGACGCUCACAAGUCUUCUACGUCCUCCGAGGGGUCUGCAGAUCAGCGUGCAUUGAGAAAGCAGAACAAGGAAGAUGUCAAGACCAUCGUCUCAUGGCUGCAGAAGAGGUGCUCCUUCCCCAGGACAUACAGGUACAGGGAGGAUUGA